AUGCGAUUCGCCGGUCUCUUCAGUUUCCUCUCACUCGUCGCCAGCGUCUUAGCUGGUCGAUACAUCGUCAUCCUCCGACCAAGUGCCAGUCUCGACAGGUUUCUUGCGAAGCUCGAAAAGGGCGGCAACAUCUGGGUCGUGCGAAAGUACGAAUCUCCGAGUUACUUCAAUGGAGCCGUCGUCACCACGAACGACUAUAACGAAACUACGUUGCUCGAGUUUCCCGAGGUCAUCAUCGCCGAGGAGGAUAAGAUGAUGACGAUCGAUCCAAUCCCCGCCCAGCCGGGACCUGACGUACCUAGCCCUACAGAGCCUACUCUUCAUCUCCCCCAGUAA